GAAGUACAUAAAAUAAACGAUUCUCUCAACUAUCUUUCGCAAUCACGGGCUAAAAUCAAUCAUUUGACACUAGUUAAAUUAUCGAGUCGGUCAAUAUCAAACGUAUCAAACGAAACUUUCAAGUACAAAAUCAAUUACAUCGGGUCUCUGUUAUGGUCUCCCCACCCGUGCUAAACAAAAAAUCCCAGGUGUAUGGAUCGGGAUUGGACAGAUGCUGGCUAUCAUAACAAAAGCGUGAGAGCGCAAAGUAGCGAAAACAAACAAAUUUUACGGGUUGGUUGGGUGAAAUGGUGAAAGAAAGGGUGGUUUUCGUGGGUGCGAAAGGGACGCAACAAGCAUGCAAAUUAGCUCAGUGGAAGGUCAAGCCCGGCGACCAGGUCUCCAUGGGCAAAGUACUGCUGCAUUACUGCAACGCGGGCGAAGACAAGCACGAGAAGCUGAGAGCAAACAAAGUCGGAACCGUCACUACACUCUUGCUCAAAGAAGGGGAUUCCAUAAAACCAGGGGAUGAAGUUCUGGAGAUCGAGUUGUGUUCGCACCCAACCGUGAUGAGGGAUCUCUGUGCGGAGUGUGGUGCCGAUCUCAGCGACGAAAAGCAACAAACUGCUUCAGUGCCAAUGGUUCACUCAGUUCCUGAACUCAAAGUUAGCAUUGAGCAAGCCCAGAAGCUGGGUCGGGUGGACGAAGAGCGCCUGUUGAGAGACAGAAAACUAGUGUUGCUUGUCGAUCUCGACCAGACGCUGAUCCACACCACCAACGACGAUGUUCCGGUGAACCUGAAGGAUGUGCACCACUUCCAGCUGUAUGGUGCAAAUUCUCCUUGGUACCACACCCGGUUGCGUCCAGGCACGGCCAAGUUCCUCGAAAAGGUGUUCAAAUGGUACGAGUUGCACAUCUGCACGUUUGGUGCCAGGCUGUACGCGCACACAAUUGCCAAAAUGUUGGACAGGGAUGAGCGCCUCUUCUCGCACAGAAUCCUGUCUAGGGAUGAGUGUUUUGAUCCUCACUCUAAAACUGCCAAUCUGUCAGCGUUGUUUCCUUGUGGCGACCACAUGGUAUGCAUUAUUGAUGACCGAGAGGAUGUUUGGAAUUUCGCUCCCAAUGUGGUGGCGGUCAAGCCGUACCACUUCUUCCAACACACAGGAGACAUAAAUGCGCCUCCAGGAUUGGACAAGCAUGAGCAGGAUGGCUCUGGAUGUGUACCUGAAUCGUUGAUUGAAAAGCCAGAGAAACCUGCUGAUGAAGUCAAGGCUCCCGCUACAAAUGAGAAAACUGGGAAAUUGGAGCAAAAGGAAGAAAACCCUGAGGAAAAAGUUGAGAAAAAGGAAACCCCAGAGGAAAAAGCGGAGCAAAAGGAAGAGACUCCUGAAGAAGAAGUGGAGGGAAAGGAAACCCCAGAGGAAAAAGUGGAGCAAAAGGGAGAGAUUCCUGAGGAAAAAGUGGAGAGAAAGGAAACCCCUGAGAAAAAAGUGGAGCAAAAGGUAGAUAGCCUCAAGGAAAAGGCAGAUGAAAAUUUAAACAAAAAGGAAGUAGAAAAAGAAGGGGACAAGUCACCAGAAAGCAAAGCAAAAGAAAAUAAUAAGAGAAAGGAAGAGGACUUCAUAGAAAUUAAUGAUCCUGACGACUACCUGAGCUACCUAGAGGAAAUUUUAGAACGAAUUCACAUUGCUUACUACAAGGAGUAUGAUGAGACAGGCAAAGUGCCAGUCAUGAGACAUGUAAUCCCAAAGAUACGCACAAAGGUGCUCGCGGGCCAAAAAAUUGUCUUCAGCGGAGUGGUGCCGACCCAUGUCUCGGUAAAUAACAGCCGAUACGCACAACUGGCGCGAAAACUAGGCGCUACUGUUGCCGAGCAGAUUGUGCCGGGCGAAACGACACACUUGGUGGCCGCCAGGCACGGCACUGCAAAGGUGAAUGAGGCGCGCAGAGCUGGCAUCUGUAUCGUUUCACCCGAGUGGCUCAUGUGCUGUUCAGAGCGGUGGGAAAGGGUCGAUGAAAGGGUUUUCCCUCUCACCAAAUCGUCCAAAAGAGGCGUUCUUUCUGAACGCCACCUGAGACUGAGCGCCAACCUCGCAGAGUCGUGCAACCCACUGUUUGUUCUCUCAUCAGACGACCUCAAGUCGAUGGACAAGGAAGUUGACGAUAUCUGCAAUGAGACUGACGACGAGUCGGCGAUGGAUCGCGUCACAGACUCAGACGACCAGGAUACGGCCAGCGAGGAACUAAUGAAGAACUCUAGCAGUUUCGCAGCUGACCUUGAGACUGAUGAUGACGACGAUGAGAGCCAAGAUGCCCCUAAAGCGGUCAAAAGGCAGCACGAGGAGAAUGUGGAGUCGAAAGAGCCACCAAUCAAAGUUAACAGCUUUGACAAAUUCCAUUCAUUGAGGGAGAGCUCAGAUUCAGCUGACAGUGAAAACAGUGACGGAGAGAGUGGAAAUGAACUAAACGAAAUGGGACUGGCACUGGAGCGCGAGUUCUUACUGGAUUAGAUUGAUUAACUAACAAUAAAAAGUCAAAUGUUUUGCUCAAAA